CAUUCAACUCACAGCUUCAAGCUUUGGGUCUACACUCUUCACCUGUCUGCUGCUGCUGAAGCUGAACUACUGUUGUUUGUGAGUCAAACAUGGCGCUCGGACUUUCUUUAAGGGUUUCUUGGAUCUGUCUGCUGUUUAGCAGUGGCGCAUGCUUUCCUGCAACAAAAGGAGACUACAAAUAUCCUUACACAGCUACCUGGCUCUCAGCUGGUGGAUCUGCUCCUGGAUCAUCCAACCUUCAGUCUGGAGGUUCACAUGCUCCUCUGGUGUCCCUGCAGCAAGAACCAUCUGCUAACCUUCAGCAGCCUGCAGUGUCUCAGCUCUCCCAGCAACAGGCCAGCUCUCCCACUGGAAACCAGUCUCCCUCCAGCCUGGGAGCUUCCUCCAAUAUGGCCAACAGGUUUCUCGUAAGGUAUGAUUCCAGCGCUGCUGUCGCCCCCUCCUCGGGCACAGGGUACACCAGCCCUCCUGUCGGCACUGGGACGAAGACUCCAAGCUUCUCCGUGCAGCAUCAGCCUGCUGUUGGCUCCAGUGGAACAUCAAACACUGGCUCAUACGGCCCCGUCUAUGAAGCUCCUUCUUUCAGCUCUGUAUACCCCGCUGGGAACGCAGGCCAGACAUUUCAAAACACAGCUUCCACCGGGGGCGUUGCUGCACCUGUUGCUUACCAAGACCCCUUCAGUGACAGCUCUCUUUCAUGGGAUAACAUUCCUGAAGGAGCCGUCGCCUUCCCCUCAGCCCCUGUGGCCUACGACCCGAGCGCCUGGGGGCCAUCUAGUGUCUUCCCAGUCUGGGGCCCAGCUCAGGAGGGGCCGCAGGGUGGGAGCCAGGAGACCUCUCCUCUGCCGCCUUCAUCCUACAUCAUCCAGUCCAGAGACGGCUACCAGCGAGCAAGAGAGGCCUACUCCCACAUGACCUACUCCCCCGAGUAUCCUUCACCAGUCUCUGGCUUCAGGGCUGUCAGAAGGACUGGCAUGUCUGCACCAGGGACUGGUUCCAAAGGAGGACAGAAGGUCUAACGAGGUAAAACUGCAAACUAAAGUUUGAGCUCAUUUAAACUGUUUUCAAGGUGAUUAACUUUUUUUUUUUUUUUUUUUUUUUUGCAGUGUAAACCGAGCUUCAGAUUGUUUGGAAAGUGUUAAUAAAACUUUAACAUAAGAA